AUGUGUUGUGCACCGGACCCAAACUUCAAGUUGAUUUACGUGACAUUCUACUUCGUUGCCGUAUGCACAGACCGGGCAUUUCAACAUAUAUUUUGGCGCGACUCGCCUACUGACGACCUCGUCGAUUUUCAACUGUGUACUGUCACGUACGGUCUCAACUGCGCGCCGUAUCUCGCUAUACGUUGCCUUCACGAACUCAACCGGCAAGACGGUCAUCGUUUUCCACUUGCAAAAGACGUCCUUACUCGAGCCGCCUACGUCGACGACAUCGUUAUCGGGGCCGAAACCGAAGAGCUCCUACUACGUCGGAAGGAGGAUAUUGUCGGUCUAUUACGCAGCGGUGCCUGCAUGCUGAGCAAGUGGACUAGCAAUAGUACCAUCGUCCUCGAGUCCGUUUCUUCCGAUGACCACGUGCUGUCUAUAUCGUUCGACCCGCGCGAAGAACACUCCGUAAAGGUCCUAGGUCUGCAUUGGGACCCGAAUAACGACAAAUUUGCCUAUCAUACCAGUGUUAACCAAAUUUCUUCGACGAAGCGUCAGGUGUUGUCCGUCAUUGCGCGCUUGUUCGACCCUAUUGGUGCCCUAGGCCCUAUGCUUUUGUGGGCAAAAUAUUUUAUGCAGCGAUUAUGGUGCGAUAAACUCGGGUGGGACGAUCCGAUGUCCCCCGAACUGCAAGCUAUGUGGCAACAAUUUUGCACUGAGCUUCCGCUUGUAUUCGACCUAAAUCUUCCACGUUACAUCGACGUCGUCUGUCAUCAGGACGUUCAGCUAUUGGGUUUCGCGGACGCAUCAAUUAAGGGAUAUGCGGCGGUUGUGUAUCUCUGUUUUAUCAACGCCGCCGGUGACAUCUGCGUCAAAUUCAUCACCUGUAAGACCAAGGUCGCUCCUCUGAAAAGUGCCACCACCAACGAGUCGCUUUCCAUACCUCGCUUGGAAUUAUGCGGGGCCCUGCUGUUGGCCCAGACACUUCAUCACGUCCAAUCUGUGUUGUCAACCGAAGUGUCUAUAUCUCGUCUGCGCGCGUGGUCGGACUCGUCAGUAGUUCUCUCGUGGUUGACCGCGGACCGUAAACAAUUCAAAAUUUUUGUGACCAAUCGGGUCGCUAAAAUACGUCAGUUACUACCGGAUUGCGUAUGGAAUUAUGCAUCAACGCACGACAAUCCUGCAGAUCCAGCAUCCCAUGGACUUAUGCCAAAAUUAAUGUUGUCUUCGUUUAUUUAUUGGGACGGUCCGGAGCUCGUACGACUUCCCGAAGACCAAUGGCCGCCGUCGAAAUUUACACCGCUCGAUCCGAGCCAGUUGCCUGAAACUCGGCCUAAUGUCGUCUAG